CAUAGUUCUUGUACGUCCCCUUGAAGAACCGCCCGCAGCUCUCAAAAAGUGUGGAGUUUUGUUCUGAGCUAGAAGUCAAAAGCCAGUCGUGUAAAUAAAUAUUGCAUAAAAAUUACGAUUAUUUUCUAAUUUUGCUUCCAUCGGCCGAAUAAACGAAUUCAAAAGCCUUUAAAUAGAUUCGGCGCACUUUGAGCGUUGUUUUCGCCACACCCAAAAGAAAAUUUUCUUCCAUUUGCAGCGCAGUGAGUGAUAAGCGGAAGAGACAAAAAUGUCCGAUGACGAAUCGUUCAUAGUGCUCGGCUCGACGCCGACCCCAUCCUUGGAGCAAUACGUGUCCGGCAACGUCCAACGUCAGGAAUCGCUGCCGGGUAAGACGAUGGCCACUUCCGCCGCUCAAACCAUCUCGAACAAUUUCAGUCUGAUUCGAGGGGAUGAGUCACUGAAAUCAUUAUCUCCGAAAUCUGUUCAAUCGGUUCAGGGGUCCCCAAGUGGUGUAGCCAGCAUGAACGGAAGCAACCCACUGGCGGCCAGUGUCAUCAUGGGCGAAACCAAGUCCAGCUUGUUCCAAACUUUCCCGAGUCUGAUGAAUUCCUCGAUGCCUCUGGACGAAAUUCAAAUGCUUCAGCACCUGAUGAACGAACACGGUCAGAUGAAGGAAAACCUCCAGAUGGCCAAUGUGGCCAUGCGGAAGAACUUCACCAGCAUCCAGAAGUGGCAGGAAGAGGUCAAAGCCAAAUACGCCCAUCAGGUUCGACUGAACGACGAACAAAAUGCGAUCAUCACUCAGCUUAAGGAAGAUAACGAUAAACUGAAGCAACUUGUCCUCGCCGGAGAGACUCGAGUCGCAGAACAGGACAAACGUGCCGCCGAGCUGAAGAUUUCCCUCGAGAAAGCCCUGGACGAAGUCCAGAACCAGAGCCAAGCUGAACGGGCCGCCGCCCAGGCCGAACUGGACGAGCUGAAAAAAGCCCUUUCGGAAAAGGAAUCCAUCGUGCGGAAAUAUGGCCCGGGAAAUUCGAACGAGGUGCAAUUCAUCACCAAAGAGGAACACGACCGCCAGAUCAAGGUGCUGCAGCGGGAGAUGUCCGUCAUCGUGGCGAAGAAUUUGGAGUUCGAGGACAUGCCGCUGCGGAGGAAGUUUUUGGCAAAAAUCGCGCCCAACUGGAUCGCCAGGCCAGAGAAAUCGAAACCAAAGACGUCUCGCUGGCGGGAAAACAUCCGUGAACUGAAGACCCUGGCCGAGCAGGUGGAUGUCCUCACGGCGCAGCUGGACAUCUAUAAGAACGAUUUCGAAGCCGAACGCACGGCACGGGCCGAGUUGGCCAGCGAAAAGGAUCGCGUCCUUACCGACCUGAAGCUUCUCCAGAGGCGUAACCAACAAUUGAUUGAAGAAGUGCAGAACGGAAGAGUGGCCGAGGAGAGGACAACUCGUGCGGCCAACGAAUCCCUAGACCGACGCGAACCAACGCCACCUCGAGCCAGCUCAAGUGCCGAGGGUGCCACUGGUGGUGGUGGUGGCGCUGCUCGGGAGGAACAAACCUACGAUCGACCGGUCCUGUAUUGUCCCCUGUGCAACCAGGGCUACAGAGAUUUGGUCACCCUGCCAACACCACGUCGAAGACUGCGUCGGCAUCAAUUGAAUUCAGGUGGCCUUCGUCUGCGGAGUGGUGGGGAUUUAUUAGGUUUGUGUCAUACGAUCCAUCGGUAUCGGUGGAUAUUCGCUACAAGCGGUCAAGAACUGAGAGGGACUGUUACGGAAGUGUAACGUAGAACGAUAGAAGAUGACCUUCUAGGAUAGAACUCAUAUGACUUAUUACACAUUGAACUAUGUACUGUAUUAUCUUAGUAUAGGACCUUAGUCAACGGCAAUGGGGUGGAGAUGACAAUUUUCACUUUUUAAUCUUAUUUUAAACUAUGCUGUGUGCCUAUAGUUUAACAAUGUUUAAUUAGUUCUCAAAAUCUACGAUUUUGUUAAGGAACUUAAAUACCUUCUUAUAUGUGUAAUAGAUUUCACUUGAAAAAUUCAAUGCUUUAUUUAGUUAGACAAAAUUACAUUGGAGAAAGCGAAAAUUGAUAUCUCUGACCGAACUGUUGAUUUUAUUUCAGAAUGUUAACCAAUAAAAAAGAAAUACAUAUAGCUGAUUCGUUAUGAA